AUGCAGGACGUGCAGGCCAAGGGCUUUGCUCAUGACUCUGGCGAUGUGAGCCCAUUCCCCGCCGUGGCCGCACCACCGCAGCAGGAGCAGCGCCAGCCCUGGGCGUGGAAGGGCGCAAACCUGCGCAGCGCCGCGGCGGCGGUCGCGCUUGGCGCCGCCGUGCGGUGGCUGGCGCCUGUGCCGGAGGGCCUCGAACCGCAGGCCUGGUCUCUCCUGGCGUUCUUCGUGACCACCGUGUCUGGGCUGAUCCUGGAGCCUGUGCCGGCAGGGGCCUGGGCGCUGAUGUGUGUCGCGGCCGCGAUCGCGAGCCACGCGCUGACGUUUGAGGAGGCGUUCUCGGCCGCCGACACGGAGGUGCUGUGGCUGAUAGUGCUGGCCUUCCUGCUGGCCAAGGGCUUUGAGAAGAGCGGCCUGGGGGAGCGCAUAGCGGAGAUGCUAGUGUCGCGGUUCGGCGGCAGCACGCGCGGCCUGGCGCUCAGCCUGGCGGUCGGGGAGGCGCUGCUGGCGCCCGGCAUGCCCUCCACCACGGCACGCGCCGCGGGAAUAUUCCUGCCGGUCAUCAAGGGCGUCUCCGCAGCUUCCGGCAGCUUCCCAGAUGCUGCCACCCCAAUCGGCGCCAGCAGUGAAGCCGACACGCGCACCAAGAUAGGGGCGUACCUGGUCCAGUCCCAGCUGCAGUCCAGCAGCCACACCUGCAGCCUGUUUCUCACUGCGUCCGCCCAGAACCUGCUGUGCCUGCAGCUGGCGGAGGCGGCCGGGCUUGACCUCGGGAAUCACUUUUUUGUGUGGUCGGAGGGAGCCAUCGUGCCCGGUGUCAUCGGCACGUUCCUGCUCCCCCUGCUGGUGUACCAGCUGCAGCCGCCCGCCAUCACCGCCACGCCGGAGGCCCCCAGGAUGGCGGCCGCGCGGCUCAAAGAGCUCGGGACCCUCACCCAGGACGAGGUGGUCAUGCUGGGUACAGUGGGUGUGGCGCUCACCAUAUGGCUGUUCGGCGAGCAGGCGGGCGUGCCGCCGGUGGUGGGGGCCAUGCUGGCGCUGGGCAUCCUGCUGGCCACGGGCGUGCUGGAUUGGCGGGAGGACUGCCUCAAGGGGUCACCCCAGGCCUGGGACACCCUCUUCUGGUUCGGAGUCCUGAUCAGCAUGAGCCUGGCCCUUCAGGACAAGGGCGUCAUCUCAGCCUUCACGGACUGGGCCUCGGGCGCCCUCACCGCGCUGCACCUGCCCUGGCCGGCGCUGUUUGCGGCGCUGCACCUCCAGUUCUACCUGCUGCACUACAUGUUUGCGUCCAAGACGGCCCACGUGGGGGCGCUGUACGCGGCCUUCCUGUCGCUCUUGCUGGCGGGAGGGGUACCGCCCAAGCUGGCUGCGAUGUCUCUGGCUUACAACAUCUGCAUUAACGGGGGCAUCACCCACUACGCCAGCGGCCAGGCGGCCGUCUACUAUGCCAGCGGCUUUCUCAAGCUGAGGGAGAUCUUCAGUGUCGGCGCCGUCUGCGGGGCGGCGUCUCUGUUCAUUUGGGGCACGUUUGGCAUGGGAUGGUGGAAGGUGCUCGGGUGGUGGUGA